AUGGUCAAGAAGAGGGCGAACAAAUCCACCACCGCCGAUGGGAGCGCCAUGAUGUCCGCCUGUCGAGAAUGUCGGUUGUCCAGGCUGACAUUUCUUGUCUUUUUCUACAGCGGUCGCAACAAGAACGGCCGCGGCCACGUCAAGCCCGUGCGCUGCUCCAACUGCGCUCGUUGCACUCCUAAGGACAAGGCGAUCAAGAGAUUCACCAUCCGCAACAUGGUUGAGUCCGCUGCCAUCCGUGAUAUCUCUGACGCCUCCGUUUUCACCGACUAUGCCGUCCCCAAGAUGUACCUGAAGCUGCAGUACUGCGUCUCCUGCGCUAUCCACGGCAAGAUCGUUCGUGUCCGCUCCCGGGAAGGUCGUCGUAACCGCGCUCCUCCCCCACGUAUCAGGUACAACAAGGAUGGCAAGAAGCUGGCUCCCCCUCAGGCCGCCAAGGCUAUGUAA